UUGAGAGGUUAGCCUUGUCUGAAGUGUAGUAGUUCUCUGUAGUUCUCUGGAAAAGUGGAAACAUCAUGGAAGGAAAUCUUCCUGUAACUUCCAAAACCGUCUUUCGUGAAGACGUUGUUCGCCAUGCAACGCGUCGGGACAGAAUUGGCAUUGUACUUGAAAAUGGAAAUGAUUCUGAGUCGAACUCAGAAUAUGAAGAUGAAGAGGAGAGAGUAGGGGAAGGAUUGGUUUUGGUGUCAUGGUACCCCAAAGGGGACGAGGAAGAAAUCGAAGAAGGCUUGUUGCAGGCUGUUGACAGAUCUUGGUCACAAGGGGAAAUUGCAAGAUGGAAAGACCCAAGUAAAGGGUCAAUGAAAGGUAUUGUUAGUGAUAUCUGUAUGAAAGUGAACCUCAGGACUGCUGGGGCAUUGCAGCCAUUGGCCAAGAAUGUAAAUGUCAACGAGCUGGCUCCUCUACAGAAGUUCUACCAUGAGUUAACUUUUGCCCUUGGAGCUUGGAUUGGCACUGUUCGGGAAGUACAUUUGAGACUGAUAUUGAAAUUCAGAAACGGUGCCAGAUGCAUAGUUGAAGGUGAACAGGUUAACAUGUUGGUAGACAAUACUGACAAUAGAGAUGAGGAUUCACCUUUUUAUUGUGGGCUGUUUUACCCAGGACAAAGUUUAACAGGAACAUCUAGGGUUUUUCGAGAUGUGCAGUGGAUAAAUGGACCUCGCCCAGUUUUUUCCAGCAAUCAAAGAAUCAGCUGUAUUGUUGAUGAGGUUACAGCAUCAGGCCUUCGAGUUCAUUGGCUAGAACGAGGAUACACCACCAGUUCAUCGGAAUCCUCAUAUCUUCCACCAGACACGCAAAUCUCAGAAGAAACUCUAUCAAAAAUAACUGUGUUUGAUCAUUUCAACAAAACAAAUAUUCAAAUUGGUGACAAGGCUUUCUACACUUUGAAGGAAGCAGACAUUGAUCCAAAUAAAUCUCCACCAGAUAAAGAAGAACACAUAGAUUUAGCCCAAUGCUCUAAGGUGCAACCAGAAAAUAAAAAGAGUAAACAUUCUUCUGCAAGCAAGGAUCAAGGAAGAGAAGAUGAUGAUGAAAAAAUCGAAGAAAAUGAUUCAACCGGGACAGAUGAAUCAGCAGAUGACGAGGAUAGUGAUCAUGGCAACACAAGGGAGUCACGACAAUCUGCAACCGUUUCAAAUCGCCGCAAUGAAGGGAGGCAUCAAGCUGCAGCUGUUGGGCCUCGAUCGCAUGCAAAUAGAAAAAGGAGGCAGUUUCGGCGUAAAAAGAAGAAGCAUCAAAUCCCUGUUAAACUCGUGGCUGGCGAAAGGGUUUGCGUGGAGGUAGAAGCGACUUCAAAACUAUUGACCAUCACGUGGCAAGAUGGCAGCAAGCAAGCUGAUAUUCCAUCCACUGAACUUCUUCCCGUUCUCCAUGUUGAUGACUUCGAAUUUUUUCCAGGGGAUUUUGUCAUUGACAAAACACAGCCCCCUUCCGAGGCUGGCUUUGGGGUUGUUCAAAAAGCCGAUAGUUCUCAGCGUACCUGUAAAGUUAAAUGGAUGAACAGAACAGAAAAUGUUUACGAUGAUUGUGUAAGUGUUUAUGAUAUCGGAGACCAUCCUGACUACAGUUUCAAGUUUGGAGAUGUGGUGUUUCGACUAGCAGAUGAACAAAAUGAAGAAAACAGCGAAGGAGGCAAAGAAGAAGUCAAGGCAACGUGUGGGCAGGUUUUGUUCGUGGACAUUGAAGGAAACAUCAAUGUUCUAUGGUCAGACCGCACAAGGUCCGCACUGCCGCCGCAAAAUCUUUUCGUAGUGCAUAUAGAUGAUUGGUCAGUAUCUGGUAGCAAUCACUCAAGCUCCGAUGAAGAAUGGGAAACAACCAGCGAAGUGAGCACGGACCACGAACAAUUGCUUGAAGGAAAUAACCCACUCUCUGACAUGCAGAUUCUUGAUGACAUUGGCCACCGAUCGGUAGAAGCUCUUAGCAAUGCCAACCAAAAUGACCAGGCCACUGAAAGUCAACCAAUCGAAUCGCAAAGUGCCUCCGCAGAAGCAAACGAAGGAUCACAGAACAGUAAAGAGGAUAUUCAUGGGACUGAACCAGAUACAAAAGAUCAUGUCGAGGCUACAGCAAAUAAUGAUGUCAAGCUGAAGAUAGCACCAGUUGUGAGUGAAACUACACCGAAUGCAGUAGAUAGGUUCAGCAUUUUAGAAGAUCUUCCAGCUUCACACAGAUUUGCUUCCACAACUUUUCAACCAGUCAAUCCUCGUCAGUUUAAUUUGGCCAUUAACAGAGAAGCCGUUGAAAUGGAGAGAAGUCUGUCUGAUGGGGUUUAUGUGAGAGUGUUUGAAUCAAGAUUCGAUUUGGGCUCAAUCAUGAUCGAGGGACCGGCUGGGACUCCUUAUGAAGAUGGCUUAUUCAUUUUUGACCUGCAACUGCCUCCAGAUUAUCCGAAGUCUCCGCCUGUCGUUCGUUAUUUGUCGCAGUGCUCCGAGCGGCUAAACCCAAAUCUCUAUGAAGAUGGCACGGUUUGCGUGAGUCUUCUCGGAACGUGGAAUGGUAAAGGCUCAGAGAACUGGACAAAGAAGUCUAAUCUCUCCCAACUGAUAUUAUCACUUCAAGGCCUGAUUUUAUGCGAAGAGCCCUACUUUAAUGAAGCUGGGUAUGAAAAGCAUAAAGGUUCAGCAGAAGGAAUUGAAAAUAGCCGAAUGUAUAAUGAGAUGGUGAUCAUUAAAGUACUGCAGAGCUUGGACAGACUCAUUAGAAAUCCAUCUGAGGCGUUUAAAAAGGAGAUAAUGCUGCAUAUGAAGAAAGCCUUACCGAGAUUAUUCAAACGAAUUUAUGCUUGGCUGAAAAACUACGCACCAAAGGACUUCCUAGAAAAAUACCCUCUUUCUUCUUCAAUGGAGGUGGAUGAGUCCGUCUCCGAACCAGAGUUUCCGCUUUUGCCGCUAUCUUUUGGAUUUUGCAUACCGUUGUUGCGGAACCUCAAAUCUUUAGAAAACACUGCAGAAAAGUUUAUUGUGUAGCCUUAGAAUGUAUUUAUAGUGAGCAAAUUGUUUAUUUUUAUAACUGUUAGGAGAAAGUCUUGGUCGUUGCGAAGGUUUGAGACCUUAGGAUUAUUGUUUACGUCUGCGAAAAGACUAGAAAGCAGUUUAUUCCUGUAGCUUAUUCUUCUUCAGGUGACCCGUUGAUUAUAUAGCUGCAUACGGAAGUUGUUUCUUGUUAAAAUUUUCCAUAUAAGAUUUUAAGCACCGGGCCCGGGACUGAUCGUCUCAAAUCUCAGUACAGAUACAUGUUGUGCUCCUUUGUCCAUUGUUUAAAUUAAGAUUAUUUAUUGAAAACAAUCUUUUGGUGGCACAAAACUUGUAAAUGGCUUUGAAAAAAGCAAACAUUUAGUAAACUAAAGCUUUUCGUCUGACACUCUUCAGAGUUUAAAACGUCAGAACAUAGAUCGAAAACUCUACGCUAGGAAGUAUAUAUACCCAGUUGUGGAUCGAAAUAGGCCAAUCAGAAACACGAGCACAUGACUGUAUAGGUUGACCAAUCAGUGCCGCUUGCCUAAUUAUUUAUUGAAGUAGUUGACAUAAAAAACGAAAUGGCUUGAAAUUUUUACUUGAGAUGAUUAUCCACAGUCUCAUCACAAGCGAAAUAUUUAACUCUUUGUCAUUAGAUAAUUAACACUGCGGAUAUGAUUUUGAAAUUUGUAUCCAAACCAAAUUACAGAUCCGAACCCGGCCACCAAGAUUCAGUGCCAAGAAAUCUAAGAAACUUUUUCAAAAUAAAUUUAUCAUACUUUUCCUCUGAUGUCUAAUACAAUCGAUAUUUCAAGAACACAACAAUAUUGGAAAAAAAAUAAUCUUUGUUUAAAGAUUUCUCAGUAUAUAUUCAAUUUUUAUGUUAUUAUUGUCUGAUGAACUCGUGAACACUGUAAAAUUUGACAGUUAUUUAUAAAGCGAUAUCAUACUUAGUCCCAUUGUUGUGUCGUUAAGUCAAAAUCGUAUACCAAUGUAAGUACGUAUUACCUCAAAUUGUUGUUAUUGCAGGGUAUCGUAUAAAAGAUGGGCAACGAGUCAAAA